UGAUGGUGGCGGUAAUGUUGUAGAGCCCGCAGCUCGUGUGUGGGAAGAAAAAAAAAGGCGAGCGCUCCAGGGAGAACUGAAAUAAACCAGAAUCCUUAAUGAACUCGCUACCAGGCGGAGGACUGGCUUCUUACACGAACUAGCAGAGCGAAUGAAACGGAAAUCCGUAUGAAAUCUAACGACGAGCCAGAAACAUGGUGGUUCUCAAAAUCCGAGACCAGCCUUCGUUGUUGAAAGCCAUCUUUAAUGUGGAUCCAGAUGAAGUUCGGGCUCUCAUAUUCAAAAAGGAAGAUGUCAACGUCCAGGAUAACGAGAAGAGGACUCCCCUCCACGCUGCAGCCUACUUGGGUGACGCUGAGAUCAUCGAGCUUCUUAUUCUGUCAGGAGCGAGAGUAAAUGCCAAAGAUAAUAAGUGGCUGACCCCUCUUCACCGUGCUGUUGCCUCCUGCAGUGAGGAGGCGGUUCAGGUGCUGCUGAAACACUCGGCGGAUGUAAAUGCUCGGGAUAAGAACUGGCAGACUCCAUUACACGUGGCAGCGUCUAACAAAGCGGUGCGCUGUGCCGAGGCUCUCGUCCCCCUGCUCAGCAACGUAAACGUGUCGGACCGCGCCGGACGCACUGCCCUGCACCACGCUGCCUUCAGCGGACACCUCGAGAUGGUGAAGCUGCUGCUGUCCAGAGGAGCCAACAUCAAUGCGUUUGAUAAGAAGGACAGGAGAGCUAUACACUGGGCUGCGUAUAUGGGUCAUAUGGAGGUAGUGCGCUUGUUGGUGUCUCAUGGUGCUGAGGUGGUGUGUAAGGAUAAGAAAGGCUACACGCCGCUCCAUGCUGCAGCUUCUAGUGGGAUGAUCGGUGUGGUGAAAUACCUGCUGGAUCUGGGGGUUGAGAUCAAUGAACCGAAUGCGUAUGGAAACACUCCACUGCAUGUGGCGUGCUACAAUGGUCAGGACGUGGUAGUGAACGAGUUAAUCGAAUCAGGUGCUCAUGUCAACCAGGUGAACGAGAAGGGCUUUGCACCACUGCACUUUACCGCUGCCUCUCGCCAGGGGGCGCUGUGCCUGGAACUGCUAGUGGGGAAUGGAGCAGAUGUCAACAUCAAGAGUAAAGAUGGGAAGACGCCCCUCCACAUGGCCGCCAUUCACGGCAGGUUCUCCAGAUCUCAGGCUGUCAUUCAGAGCGGAGCGGAGAUUGAUUCUGAAGAUAAGAAUGGAAACUCACCUCUGCACAUAGCAGCUCGAUAUGGCCACGAGCUCCUCAUCAACACCCUCAUCAGCAACGGUGCUGACGUAGCCAAGCGGGGGAUCCACGGCAUGUUUCCUCUUCACCUUGCUGCACUAAGUGGCUUCUCUGACUGCUGCCGGAAGCUUCUCUCCUCUGGUUUUGACGUCGACGCGCCUGACGACUUUGGCAGGACGUGUUUACACGCAGCCGCAGCAGGAGGAAAUCUCGACUGUUUAAAUCUGCUGCUCAACACUGGAGCUGACUUCAACAGGAAGGACCGGUUCGGAAGGACGCCACUGCACUACGCGGCAGCUAACUGUAAUUAUCAGUGCCUGUUUGCACUAGUGGGCUCAGGGGCCAGUGUGAACGACACGGACAUGAGAGGCUGCAGUCCUCUGCACUACACUGCUGCCUCAGACACCGACGCCAAGUGUUUGGAGUAUUUAUUGCGUAACGAUGCAAAUCCAGGGAUCAGAGACAAACAGGGCUAUAACGCCGUGCACUAUGCCUCAGCCUACGGUCACCGCCUCUGCCUCGAACUGAUUGCCAGUGAAACACCGCUGGAUGUGCUUAUGGAGACAUCUGGGACCGAUAUCCUGAAUGACACCGAUGGUCAGGCUCCCAUCAGCCCUUUGCACUUAGCAGCGUACCACGGCCACCACCAUGCUCUGGAGGUACUGGUUCAAUCCCUGUUGGACCUGGAUGUGCGGACAGUGCAGGGACACACACCGCUGGACCUGGCUGCCUUUAAAGGCCAUGUGGAGUGUGUGGAUGUGCUCAUCAACCAGGGAGCCUCCAUCCUGCUUAAGGACUACACACACAAAAGAACGCCCAUUCAUGCUGCAGCCAUGAACGGUCACUCAGAAUGUCUCCGCCUCCUCAUCAGCAACACUGGCCCACCCUCAGCCGUCGACGUCCAUGACGGGAAUGGACAAACUCCUCUGAUGCUGGCGGUACUGAACGGCCACACGGACUGUGUCUACUUCCUGAUCAGCAAAGGAGCCAAUGUGGGAGCCAGAGACAAGUGGGGCAGGACAGCUCUUCACCGCGGGGCAGUGACAGGGCACGAGGCGUGUGUGGAGGCGCUGUUGCAGCAUGGGGCCAGUGUGGGUGUGCGGGACAGUAGAGGACGCACAGCCAUGCACCUGGCAGCAGCGUGUGGUCACAUCGGGGUGCUGGGGUCCCUGCUGCAGGCUGCACACUCCCAAAACACAGUGCCGGUCAUCAUGGACAGAUGUGGAUACACCCCACUGCAUUGGGCCUGCUACAACGGUCACGAUACGUGUGUGGAGGCUCUGUUAGAGCAGGAGGCGUUCCACAGGAUGGAAGGCAACUCCUUCAGUCCACUUCACUGUGCUGUAAUCAGUGAUAAUGAAGGUUCAGCUGAGCUGCUGAUUGACACACUGGGUCCUGCCAUUGUUAACGCUACAGACUCCAAAUCCAGGACGCCUCUACACGCUGCAGCUUACACGGACCAUGUGGAAUGUCUCCAGCUGUUGCUCGGGCACAACGCCCAAGUGAAUGCUAUCGACGCUCUGGGAAAAACACCCCUCAUGAUGGCAGCUGAGAACGGUCAGACGAACGCCGUGGAGGUGCUCGUGAGUAAAGCGAAGGCCGACCUCACGCUCCAGGAUGCAAACAAGAACACAGCUCUACAUUUAGCCUGCAGCAAGGGGCAUGAAACCAGUGCCUUGUUAAUUCUGGAGAAGGUCACAGACAGGAACCUCAUCAACGCCACGAAUGCAGCUCUACAGACGCCGCUGCAUGUCGCUGCUCGUAACGGACUUGCGGUUGUAGUGCAGGAGCUGCUGGGCAAAGGAGCGAGUGUCCUGGCUGUGGAUGAAAACGGUUACACCCCGGCUUUAGCGUGUGCACCGAACAAAGACGUGGCCGACUGCCUGGCGCUGAUCCUGGCCACCAUGAUGCCUGUAUCCCCUGCCGGUACCGGUACCAUGCCUGGUCUCACCUUCAGCGCCAUUAACCACUACUGUAGCCCUUCCAAAGCUGUGACCUUUGACCCUUUACCUGGCCUGCGCUCUGGGCAUCCAUCUUACUGCAGCUUCAACAGCCUGGGACGUGAAGACGGCCUCGUCGUCCACGAUGAAGAAUUUAACGACUCGGAUUCAGAGACUUACUGAGGAUUUCGGUUCGGCUCAGUGCUGAGGAUCGUUCGGUGCCCGAGUGCCUGGAGAUUGCUGAAGAUGCUAACGCUAUGGUGAAUUAAAAAAAAAAAUCAUUUUCAUGGUGUGUCUGUUUGAUGGAAUGAGGAACGUGCCACUACAAUCUGAAAUUGUUUAUAAUUGAAGUACAUGAAGAUGAUCAUGUAAUCCAUGCUUCGAAUUUGUCCGCAAGGUUCAAUUUUAUAAAAAUCAAGUGCAGAAACUUCAGUGGCACAAUCUAUUUCAAUUUUUAAUUCGGUGGAGUUGCCGUUACAACUUGCAUGCCAUUAUUUUGAAUUUCUCUCACACUGCCUGAAAGGGAAUUUUAAACUCGAAGUGAAUUGCAUGAGUUGUUUAAGGGUGACCAUUUGUCAUUCUAAAUGAAGUGUGAAUAUAAUCAGUUUCGAAAAAGCCUUUCUCGGCACUUGAGUCUGAAAAAUGUUCAUUCCUGCUUGUAAUACAGCGACAACACAACAAAGGAAAUGUUCUAAAGUUUUAAAUACGAUUCAUUUGGACAGGUUGGCGACAGUAUUAAAGGUAGACUGCCUUUCAGAUUUUUCAAGUGUAGGUCAUAAAAAUAAUUUUCCCCAACACGCGAUUAUUUUUGUUUAGUGGACCGAAAGCUACUGAAGCACAGACUUCCAAUUUUAAAAUAGAACAAUUAAUGAAUUUAAGGCCACAUGGCCCUGAAUUCUCCGCUAUUUUUUCCUGCUUCACCGUGACUCAAUUCAAGAUACUACAUCAUAGAUCACGUCAUGGGCUUUCCCUGUUCGUGCAAGGCAUUGUGGGAUACAAAUUUGAAACAGGAGAGAAAAAUGGAGGAUGCGAAUGAAACGUGAAAGACCGACUACAGUAACAGAAAGCGAGAAGAAAAGACGUGAUGUUCUAUACAAAGGAAAGGAAACGCAGGACCAAACUAAUAAAUAUCGACGGUCAGCGAGCACCUCGGUGUGAUCAGCUGUUCGUUUAGCGACAGAAUGAUGGAACUGUCAGUGCAUGCUCAAAGGUAAACCUGCGCAUGCGCACACGGACUUCCUCUGUCUGCUUGACUGCGCAACGCGAGCGAUUUCAUGCACAUUAUUUGCUCAGGAAUCCCAUCAAAUUAAAUAACUUCCCAGCCACAGAACAGAAUGGCCUUAUAUAUGGAGGGAAAGUAAUCUCAUCGCCCCCUACUGGAUGCGUUCCAACCUCUAUGGCAAAAUGAAUGGGAAUAUCUUUUCAAAAAAUUACAUUUCGGGUUAGGCGGCACAGUGGUGUAGUGGUUAGCACUGUCACCUCACAGCAAGAAGGUCCGGGUUCGAGCCCUGUGGCCGGCGAGGGCCUUUCUGUGCGGAGUUUGCAUGUUCUCCCCGUGUCCGCGUGGGUUUCCUCCGGGUGCUCCGGUUUCCCCCACAGUCCAAAGACAUGCAGGUUAGGUUAACUGGUGACUCUAAGGCCCUGUCCACACGGCAACGGAUUCAGGUGAAUCUGAUAAAAUUGCUUAUCGUUUAGGCCUGGCGUCCACACGGCAGCGGCGUUUUGGGUGCCCCAAAACGAAAUCUUUUGAGAACGGGUUCCAGAGUGGAAAAAUCUGGCAACGGCGCCGUUGCGAAGUCGUCUGGAUGAGUAGAACGGAUUUGUUUACGAUGACGUCACAACCACAUGACUGUCAGUGCUUCACGCCGGGUAGAAGUGUAACGAACUCGAUGCGAGUUGUCAACAAAUCCUAUAACUUGGUUCAUGAAAUGCGCUUAGAAAAUAUUUUCACUGUGAAUAUUUAUUGUGUAAUGGUGCAAAGUGAGAGAGAGUGAGAGAAUAGCCCUUAGGGCAGAGUCUUUAGUCCAAACACUGCGGAAGUACUGAGUAUAACCAAACCACGCACCGCCCGUGCGCUUUCCAAAAACAAUCCCGCCAGCAAAAAUAGGAAGAAAAAAAAGGAGCGAUCUCACCUCUUCAGAUGUUGGUUUGAGUCCGACAAUACAUUCCUCAAAAAGGGCGUAGAAGAACAAAGUAAUCCAUCAGCGUGUAGCAUUCAAUUUAUUCCGGACCAUUAAAGAAUUCUGGAGGAUAUCAGAAUGUUGGCGUACCGGCUUCCAUCUACCCCCAUUCACUCCUCUUUACGCAUCUUUCGUUUUACGCUACUGAUUAAUAAUCAAAACUUUAUGUGGCUGAUGCUACAGAAGGAGUUUAUGCGCAUGCGUCUACUUCUAUUGUUCUGGUGUCUCCGAUGGGACCGUCUUACAGCGCACGUAGUGGUGUGGCAUGUGUAUUGCAUCGUUUUCAGCAAGCGUUGCGUUGCCAUAUGAACCUGAAAUUUUACUGAUCCGUUGCCCAUGUGGACGCGAUAUUUAAAAAAAAAAAAAAAAAUCUCGUUGCCGUUGUUGUGUGGAUGUAGCCUAAAUUGAGCGUAGGUGUGAAUGUGAGUGUGAAUGGUUGUCUGUGUCUAUGUGUCGGCCCAGUGAUGACCUGGCGACUUGUCCAGGGUGUACCCCGCCUUUCACCUGUAGUCAGCUGGGAUAGGCUCCAGCUUGCGUGCGACCCUGUAGAACAGGAUAAAGCGGCUAGAGAUAAUGAGAUGAGACAUUUCGGGUUACACUUCAAAGUUAAGACAAUGGCUUCCAUAUGUUGUGCAUGUCGGGCAGCUGUAUCGAUCCUGGUGAUCAUGCUUUAUUUUUUCCACCGAUUUGAAUUGUUUUGAAUAUUUUUUAAUAAGCUGAUCAAAGACUACACGGACCCGACGUCGCGUACGUGACGUCACCGCAAGUCUAGCGCCUUUCCAAAUCUGUAGCAGGUAGCGGCCGGCGAGUAGCCUACAUCAACGUGCCGAUUUGUAUAGCGUGGUUGGCGGAGUAUUUCUGUACCAAUAAGAAAUGCAUCCCUCGUGGGGAUAACCAUUACAGAUCAGGGCAUGUAGUCAACUGCCGCUAUUCACAGGGAGAGCUGUCAGCACUCGUAAGGGCGAGUAUGAAGAACAAAACUUAUCAAGCCUACUGCUGAUGUAAUAUGAGCGACUCUGACUAGACAGUUUGGUUGUAGUCCGUUUCUGACAGGUUAGGCGCAAUUUCGAUCUUUUAAAAGACAGUGAAAUUUCACCUGAUACUUUCAGUUAGUAGAUAAUCCCAACAUGUACAACAUAUUUUUUGGGGGUGUACAGGUUCCACGUCAUAACUUCGUGGGAUUUUUUUUUUUAAAUCAGGUCUAUGGGAUUUUCAAUAGCAUGGCUCUCGGCUUAGGAACACUACCACUAGGAUCGCUGUGUUUCACUUUCCCUCCCUAUAUUUUUUUUUAGAUAUUACAGAAAUAAACACAUCACAAUGACCAAAUUUCAGAUGGAACUAAAUUUCACUGAUUUAAUAGAAUCGAAAGGCUGUAUAGUUUUAAUGAUAGCGUGUCAUUUAUCUAAUUAAAGUUAUAGCCUGGUUUUCUCAGAGUUCCGUGUUUGCUUUUCCCUGUGAGAUGUUAAAGGUUAGAGAGACUGAACGCUUCAUGUCCACUUCAUUUAGAAGGCAAAGGUGAAGUUAGGUGACGUGGUACACCCUUAAAUGUGAAAUUCAGUUUCAUUUUCUGAUAGUAUGAUACAAAUUCAUAUGAACAACAUUCAAAUUCAGAUUAACGUCUAGAACUUCAAUUUUUCUAGCUGCAUGAUCCUCCACAGCACAUCACUGGCUCAAAAAAAAGUCCCUCCCGCACCAGGAUCUGAUCUUUCUUGAGGCGCACGGGUACGGCGCCAAUCUCCGGUUCAGUAGCCCUCGGCUUCUCACCUAUUAUACAGUGAUGGUUACAUUGGGGGGGGCUGGUCCUCUGGUAACCGCGAGAGUUUGACUCUCCUUGGCAGUUGGUACUUUGGUAUGACCUGACUGCGAGUCAAACUAAUGAUCUCCUGGUCGACAGGCGGGCACGCUAACCCCUAGGGGUGUGCAUUGGCACAGCCCUCACGAUUCAAUUCGAUUACGAUUCGGAGGGUAACGAUUCGAUUCAAUCCGAUUCUACGAUGCAUUGUGAUGCGUUAAAAUUUUACUGAAAGCAAGGCAAAUUUUUCAGUAGUCAUGAGGCAAUACAAGCAGUCAGAUACUGAACAACAUUUUAUUGGCUGUUGUGUGUAUCACUCCUGUUUUAAACAAAAUAAAAUUGAAUGUUAUAGAGUUUCAAAUAUGAAAAAGAAAACAAAUUUCAGCUUUUUAGUGCUUUGAAUGAGACCAGAUCUUUCUUUUUUUACACACAGGUCUUGUCUACUUUCCCAUCAACCUCGUAGAAUCCAAAAUGUGCCCAGAUGUCAGCUUUCCAAGCCUUGGGUGCGUUAAUAAUAACCUGUCUCUCGCAGUCCUCUUCCUCCGCCUCAGCCGUCUUGCUAAGCUAGUGCUCUCUCGACUGGCGUGCAGCUACAGACUGCGCAUGUCUGUGAUGUUGCUCCGGAAAUGCCCACGGAAGUUUUUUUUUUUAAUACGCUGAAUCGAUCUGGCAUGUUGCCGAAUCGAUGCUGAAUCGUCCAUGCCCCGCAUUGCGAUGCAUUGCCGAAUCGAUUAUUGUUGACACCACUACUAACCACUAGGCCAGCUCACGGUCCGUUGUCUCAAAUGGUGGCAAUCAAAUCUGUACUCUUUUGCCUUUCCUAACUCGCCAGAUUGUAAUAAUAUAAAACUUUAAAUGUGAAUGUGAAAUUGAUUAACCUGAUUAUUAUAUCAAAUAAUAUUUGAAAUUCAAGCCACAGAAACAAGACUUCACUUACAAAUUCAAAUAAAAUUUCAGAUAAGGGGAAGCCCUAGUCUAAAGGUUAAAGAAGCAGCAUUGGGACCAGAAGGUUGCUGGUUCAACAACCAUCUGGUCCCAGUGUUAAGCACCCUACUGUCAUUUUAUACAAACUUGGUUAUGGAUUUCUAUAUUAUGGGGGAAGCCAUAGCCUAAUGGUUAGAGAAGCAGCUUUGGGACCAAAAGGUCACCAGUUUGAUUCCCUAGACCAGCAGGAAUUGCUGAAGUGCCUUUGAGCAAGGCACUUAACCCAUGACUUGUUCCCCAGGCUGCUCUGGGUAUGCCGUAUGUCGCUCUGGAUAAGAGCGUCUGCUAAAUGCCAUUAAUGUAAAGAAAGAAAAAUAAUAAUAAUUCAGAUUGUCCUGGCACGUUUCUCAUUCCAUACCUUUUCAAGCUAUAGCUCUACUGGGAAGAACGGAGUGUGCCAUGUUUGAAGGGUAUCACUCUAGUUUCCCUCUCAUACACAUCUCAGGAGCAUUUAGAGACAUGAGACUCUCAAGAGAGAGAAAAAUCAGGACGUGGUUCAUGAUCACUACUACACCAUGAUCCGGAUCGUGUGUUCACACUCGCCAUGGGUUUGGUUCUUCAUCUCAACGUUCUUUCAGAAUGCUUCCGUUUAUCCUGAUGUAUUUAAUUUCCCCAAGAAACAGGAAAGGAAACAUAAGCUCAAAGGCACACGUGUACACUAAUGUGGACGUUUCUCAACACAUCCUCUCUGGCAGGAAGAGAAGUUGUCAUGAAUGUGCAACCAAGGGACCAAGUUGUCCUUUUCAAAGCAUGUUCUGGGGUAUUUUCGUUUGUUUUUUAAGCUGUGGUUAAUUUAUUAUUAACUCACGUUAACCGGGACUCAGACAAAACAGACGUCUGUGAAUGUUAAGCGCGAACCUCCGGUCCGUGUUGCUGCAGAGUAACUGGUUAACGGAAGACGGACGGAUUUCUAUGAACCCCAGAGAAUUAUUAAAAGGGCAUUCUGACAUUUCUUACCCACGAGUUUGAGACCAGCUUUUGAGGUGACAGGGUUUAUACACACUCAGUGCUGGUUCAUGGCGAAUCACGACAUUUGUUAUAAAGGAAAGACGUGUGCGUACCUGUGUUUACGUGUGUGUGUGAUUUUAUGCGUUUUAAAAAUAAUAAUAAUGAUAAUAAUAAUGUCACCUUUUAUAAAGGGUAAGACUGGCCACUUGGUGCAUUGCUCAAAUGAUUACUAAUAAAUCUUGAAUAUUUUUGUCACAUCACGGUAAGGUCAGUUCUAUAAUAAGGACUGAUUUGGUUAUUUAAAUUUAGGAGUGCUGAAACCCAUUUUACACAAAACGUGAUUCCUGUUCGCUGGUCAAAUGCAGUUUCUGGAGUUGCUCAUAAUAAACUGUAUUUACUCUGAA